ACAUCAAACCGAAAACAGUCAGCCUGGCGCGAGCCGCAGCUUGUCACUGUGUACAUAUGAUUUUUCCAACAAUUGCGCAUUGUCUAAGCACUUACAUUUCGCGAGCUGAAUUUUGAAAUAUUUCAUUCUCCUAGCCAUUGCGCCAUUUUUUCCAAAGAAAAUAUGCCACGGAGAAAGAGGAAUGCUGGCAGUAGUUCCGACGGGACCGAAGAUUCGGACUUCUCCGCCGACCUCGAGCACAACACGGACAGCUCGGAGAGCGACGCCAACCGGCGGAAAAAUAAGCGUCUCACUCGGGCCUCGGUGCGGCUCAGCCAGAGCUCACAAGACUCCAGUCCGGUGCGGGAGGCCCCAGCCCUGGGUCCGGAGGAGACGCCCUUCUCCACCCGCAGAGUGACGCGCAGCCAGCAGCAGGGGGCGCCAGUCACCCCCAAAAAAUACCCCCUGCGGCAGAGCCGGUCCUCAGGAUCCGACACGGAGCAGGCGGUGGACUUCUCCGACCGCGACCUGAAGAACACGGUGGAUCAGGACGAGUCCCCGCCCCGCACGCCCACGGGCAACGCGCCGUCCUCCGAGUCCGACAUCGACAUCUCCAGCCCCAACGCCUCGCACGACGAGGGCCUGGCCAAGGACCUGUCACUCAAAGACUCGGGCAGCGAGCUGUCCCACCGGCCCAAGCGCCGCCGCUUCCACGAGAGCUACAACUUCAACAUGAAGUGCCCCACGCCCGGCUGCAACUCCCUGGGUCACCUGACGGGGAAGCACGAGCGUCACUUCUCCAUCUCCGGCUGCCCGCUGUACCACAACCUGUCCGCCGACGAGUGCAAGGUAAAAAAUGUGAAGGCCACCUCGCGCGACAAGCAGGCCGAGGAGCGGACGCUGUCUCACCGCCAGGACGAGAACAGGCACUCCACCCGCCACCAGGGCCCGACGGAGAGGCAGAUGCGCUACAAGGAGAAGGUGACGGAGAUGAGGAAGAAGAGGAACUCCAGCCUGGUGAAGGAGCAGAAGGACAAGUACACGGAGCACCGGCAGACCCACGGGUCCAGUCGUGAGCCUCUGCUGGAGAACAUCACUAGUGACUAUGACCUGGAGCUCUUUCGAAAAGCCCAGGCACGUGCUUCGGACGAUCUUGAGAAGCUGAGGCUGCAGGGGCAGGUGACGGAGGGCAGUAACAUGAUUAAGACCAUCCUGUUCGGCCGCUACGAGCUGGACACCUGGUACCACUCGCCCUACCCGGAGGAGUACGCCCGGCUGGGCCGGCUCUACAUGUGUGAGUUCUGCCUCAAGUACAUGAAGAGCCAGACCAUCCUGCGCCGCCACAUGGCGAAGUGUGUGUGGAAGCACCCCCCUGGAGAUGAGAUCUACAGGAAGGGCGUGAUCUCCGUCUUUGAGGUGGACGGCAAGAAGAACAAGAUCUACUGUCAGAACCUGUGUCUGCUGGCCAAGCUGUUCCUGGACCACAAGACGCUGUACUACGACGUGGAGCCCUUCCUCUUCUACGUCAUGACCGAGGCUGACAACACGGGCUGCCACCUGGUGGGCUACUUCUCCAAGGAGAAGAACUCGUUUCUGAAUUACAACGUCUCCUGCAUCCUCACCAUGCCGCAGUACAUGAGACAGGGCUACGGCAAGAUGCUCAUCGACUUCAGCUACCUGCUGUCCAAGGUGGAGGAGAAGGUGGGCUCGCCCGAGCGCCCCCUCUCUGACCUGGGCCUCAUCAGCUACAGGAGCUACUGGAAGGAGGUGCUGCUCCGAUACCUGCACAACUUCCAGGGCAAGGAGAUCUCCAUCAAGGAGAUCAGCCAGGAGACGGCGGUGAACCCGGUGGACAUCGUCAGCACCCUUCAGUCGCUGCAGAUGCUCAAGUACUGGAAGGGCAAGCACCUGGUCUUAAAGAGACAGGACCUGAUCGACGACUGGAGAGCCAAGGAGGCCAAAAGGGGCAGCAGCAAAACCAUCGACCCCAUCUCGCUAAAGUGGACCCCCCCCAAAGGCACAUAGACCCCCCCCCCAAAGGCACAUAGACCGCCCCCCCCCCCCCCUUCCACAGCCACCAGGCCCCCCACAGAAAAAGCGUCUCAAUAAAACGGUGUUAUUUAGCUAGCAAGCCUGUCAUUCGUAGACGUAGAGCUGAUGCUGCUAUCGGUAGCACGGCUAACCUCUCCAGUAGACCACACCAGCCUCUGGUGCAGAGAGGGAUCCUGGGAGUUGGAGUUUUUUUUUCUUCCCGUUUCUUAAAGGUGAACUUGCACAGCGUCUUUCCUGAGUUCUACUCCUUUUGUUUUAGGUUAGCAGAUUUGCUCAAUGUGAUUUCAUUUUUUUUUUUUAUUAUUAUUUUUUUUUAAAGCUUUUAAAAGUCACCCUCUGUGUCCUAAAAUGGAGGUCGGGCCUCCCCUUUGAGAGGAACGGUCGGUAAUCUGAGUUUCACACCUUCCCCCCCUCCUGUCAGCAGUAUUCACACAUUCAUAACGUCUGCAACCCUACAAAGCGCAUGCUUCGCCCCUGCUGCAUUUUCCCAGUUCAGUAAAAGCAUCGUUGGUGUUGCCAGGAAACUGUUUCUAACGUGACGUCGCCACGGCAGCAGAGGGCCUGUGAAAUGUCUGAAGUGGGAGGAGUUACGGCCUGGAGUUACUUCAUGUUUUGAUUGAUCUCAUCCCGACGUGCAAAACCGUUUGGCCUUCUACUCUGACCCUUAUUUUUAUAUAUUUUAUUUUCUUUCUCUCGUUUGUUGACCUGAUUGUGCAUUUCUUUUUGUGAACAAUAAUAAAAGAGAUGAUACAGGUUACAGAAAUGAAAGAAA